AUGACCUCCAACGAGGCUGGCGACAACAAGGCCACCAUUUCUCAACACGAGGAUGGCACAAACCCGGCUGUCAACCCCACAGCCAGGCCGGACACGAUCAACGACGACCCCGAGACGCAGUCCGUCGACAUUGACACCAAGCAAGCCAACACGCGUUAUGGCGAGAUCGACAGGGAGCUGGCCAACUAUGUCAACGCUGAACGUAUCGAGAUCUCGCCCGAGCGCAGCGACGAGCUCCGCCGCAUGAUCGACAAGCGCGUCCUCAUCGUCAUGAUCUUGACGUACUUCCUCCAGGCCAUCGACAAGGGCACCAUGUCCUUCUCCUCCAUCAUGGGACUCCCCGAGGACACUGGUCUGGUGGAUGCCGAAGGCAAGCUGGAGCAGUCGUAUUCCUGGCUGACGACGUGUAUCUACAUUGCCGUUCUCAUCGUUGAAUACCCCCAGAACUGGCUCAUCGCCCGCGUCCCCAUCGCCAAGUACCUCAGCUUCUGCAUCGUCGCCUGGGGCAUCACGCUCGCGUGCCACGCCGCCUGCACCAGCUUUGAGGGCCUGCUCGUCGUCCGCACGCUGCUCGGUAUCUUUGAGUCGGUCUGCCAGCCUGCCUUCGUCAUCCUGUCCGGCAUGUGGUACCGCCGCGAGGAGCAGGCUUCUCGCGUGACGUACUGGUACAUGAUGAACGGCGCGCAGCAGAUUGUCGGCGGCCUGCUCGCCUACUGCUUCAGCCUCAUCAAGACGGGCCCGCUCGCGUCGUGGCAGUGGCUCUUCCUCACGUACGGCGUCAUCUCGGUCAUCUUCGGCCUGUGGGUGGGCUUCUGGAUGCCCGACUCGCCGAUGCGGGCGCACUGCUUCACGGAGGCGGAGAAGCACGAGAUGGUCGAGCGCGUGCGCGACAACCAGACGGGCAUCCAGAACAAGACGUUCAAGCGGCACCAGUUCGUCGAGGGCCUGACGGACCCGCAGGUCUGGGGCUACUGCGGCAUCGCCUUCUGCACGACGCUGCCGACGUCGGGCCUCGGCGCCUUCGCCAACAUCAUCAUCAAGUCGUUUGGCUUCAGCCUCAUCGAGACGCAGCUGCUGGCCAUGGUGCUGGGCUUCUACAUCAUCAUCGUGCUGCUGAGCUCCGGCAGCAUGGGCACCAACGUCGGCCUGCUCAUCUCGUACUACAUCACCCUCUCCUUCUGGGCCGCCCAGACGCUCGCCCUGUCCCUCAUCUCGCGCAACAUUGCCGGCCAGACCAAGAAGACGGUCGCCGUCGCCAUGAACUUCAUCUUCUGGGCCGCCGGCAACGCCGUCGGGCCCCAGGUCUUCCUCCAGCGCGACCAGCCCCGCUACCUGAUCGCCUUUUCCACCCACAUGGGCUGCUACGGCCUGCUCGUCCUCAUCAUCAUCGCCCUGCGCUUCCACCUCGUCCGCCAGAACAAGAAGAGGGACGAGCUGGCCGCGUCGGGCGUCGCCGAGGCGAGCCCCGACUUUACGUCCCACGCCUACGAGGAUCUCACGGACAGGGAGAACCUGGCGUUCCGCUACGUGUUCUAG